CCUUGAUUUUCCCAAUGGGUAAGCCAUUUGAUUUGGCGCAUCAGGAAGGAGGCGCUCUCGCUAAUGGCGUUCUUGCAGACGUGUACAUAUACAACUGUUUUGAUAACCUUAUCGAUCGCACUUGGCUCCUCAGCAUUCAGCGGCCUCUCCGCUGCAUUACUGAUAUUUCUUAUUAUCUACAACAUGUUCUUCACGGUCCAUGUUCACCGGCGCUGCGUUUGGGGUGCCGCAGGAACACGAACAAGAGAAGGAACACGAGCGCAAGAUGUGGGGGCAGCGGAAUCAAGAGCAGCGACAGGUCAAUGGCAGCGGCAAUGAGACUGGGCAUCAUGCUUAGGGAGGUCGUUCGAGAAAUGCAUUUCAGCUUUUCGUAUUCACCGACCAAAAUUGGAUGGUUGACAUCCAGCAUCGCGCUUGCCGCGUCCAAACUUUCAGCAUUCCCGACAUUGAAGGUGUUCGUUCCCGCCGAUUGGCGAUUCAUCAACAACAGCUCGUCUUUACCGGGCUUCGGCCAUAUAGUUCAAUACGAGAAAAGAAGGAAGGCAGAACAAAGACUCGGUUGGGGGCUGAAGCGUGACCACUCAUGCCAAUACAAAAGUCGCCGCUGA